AUGUCCUCACGUAACCAGCCGACAACGACGCCUUCCAACAGCAACGGAGAUUUUAAUCUGUCGAUGGGCGACUACCGUCCCCACAGGGGGACCGUAUCUGAUGUGGUACAGUUGAUCCUGGACCAGGCGUCCCUAAACCUGCUGAAUGCGCGCCGGCUCGCUGGGCGGUCAUCGGGCAUACCUACAUGGGAAAACCUGAUGGCCGUGUGGCGACGGUACGGGAAGAACCAACCAAGGGUGGAAAAGGGUACCCAAACGCCAUCGGCGGCCACGCCGACAUGGGAGACCCCAACCGAGAUGAGUCCAGAGGUGAGACCUGACGACGGACGGGCGCUGGCCAGGUGGGCCGUAGGGGCAACCCAUCAAGACCUGCUGCAACAUCCACUGAUCCAGAUCGCUCUGGACCGGGGAGUGGUGAGACCUCCACCAGCAGCACAGGCAGAACCCCGACGACCGGCGAGGAAGACGCCGACUGUCGACACCGGCAACACCAGGGUCGUGAGAACGAAGGCCGACCUCAAGCAGGGCGGAACGCCGCGUGACGACCCAAAGGUAGCCGACUUAAUCAACUUGGACUCCAAGUUCCUCCAACUCCGGGUAGGCCCACAGGAGCUCCCGGAUGUGGACAUACUGUCGAGACUGCCGGACAGCGACGACGACGGCCUUUGA